AUGGCUACUUCCCACAAACCCCACGCUAAGAGCAAGAGACACGCUCAAGCUUCAAGCAUCUCUCAAGAACCUCAAAGCCCUCAAAGUCCCACAGAAGUGAAUGACUCGGAGCCCGUUUACCUCAGGGAGCUCCAGAAGAGCCUGCGCAACGCGGUGAAGAAGUUGAAUGCCACCGCCAAACUGGAUAGCAUCCUCGCUGAGCACCCUGGAAAGUCUCUGGAUGACCUCGUGGCGGAGAAGAAGAUCAAUGCGGACCAGAAAGCUCAAGCGCUGAAGAAGCCUUCCCUCCAGGCUGCCGUUACACAGAUUGAAGAACAAAUCGGUCACUAUAGGGAGUUUGCUUCCCAAUACGAGGAGAAGAUUGCCAGCCAGAAGGCGGCUUUGGACCAGCAGAAGGCAGCUCUGGAUAAGAUCCAUCAGGAGGAGCUGGCAGCGGUGCGCGCAAAUGCUCUGGCUGAUGCCACUGAGACUAAUUCACGCGUGAUGCACGAGAACUUACUUCACCUGGGUAAGUUCCUCUCCGCCGCGGCGCAUAUGCGCCGUGCUGAGGACCAGUCCGCCGAGGGCAUUGCCUUUGAGGCCGUCCUCUACCACGUAUACGCUGGAAACAAGGAUGCGGUCAAGGCGAUGUUAAAGCUCAUUGAAGGUGUGGAUGAGCCAGUUUUGGGUCUUGAGGGUGAAUUCUUGGGUUUGACCUAUGGCGACGUGAAGAGGGAAUCCAACCGUCUCGUCCCCACCGAGGAAUCCGAACAAUCUACCGAAACUGCUCCUACCUCAGACCCAACCCUCGCCAAUGCUGGCUUGACCGAACUUCAGGAUACUUCCAUUAGCACCCAAGUCGCCGCUCAAGAGAAGACCACAACUCAGCCCGACCAGGUAGUUCCUCCAGCCCAGAGUUCGACUGCUGGGGGAGCGAAUCAGGUGGCCGACUCUACUUCAUCCCCAACGAAUGAUGAGUGGGUAAAGGUUCCUCGUGACCCCGCAGAGACCGAGACUGGCCUCCAAGCCACUCCUGCCGAUACCGAAAUUAAAGCUGCCGAUGGUGCCAAGGGUUCUGGUCGAAGCCGUCACCGCCAUGGACGCAGUCGUGGUGAUGGAUCGCGUCGUGGCCGUGGUGGUGGUGAGAGCCGUGGUGCUGGUGAAAGCCGUGGUGCUGGUGGUGAGAGCCGUGGUGGUGGUGGUGGUGGUGGUGGUGAGAGCCGUGCUGCUGGUGAGAACCGCGGUGCUGGUGACCGGCCUCGUGGUGGCCGACGUGGAAAACGCGGUGGCGGUGCCAGCGCUAGCGCCAGUGGACCUGCAGAUGGUCAAUGA